AACACCACGACGUGUCUGUAUGUGGAAUACAUGUCUUUGUUUACAAACCCGGGCUUUUAUUUUGAAAUGUAACAUUACAAGGAAGGAACUAGGAGACACAUGUAAACAGAGGUGAAGAGACUUUGGAGAGCAGAUGCCCUGAGCUCCUAUGGGUGUCCACGGUUUGACCACCUUUGUGGAGGGGAACAGAAACUUACUCCAAGAUGUGAAGUUCAGGGACAGCAGCCUGGUUAUUGAUGGCUGCAGUCUGUAUUUCCGCCUCUACUUUAACCACAGUUUGGACCAGCAGCAUGGAGGGGACUAUGAUGCAUUCGCUUGCUUGCUCACCCAGUUCUUCUCUGCGUUGGCGGCCUGUAACAUCCAGCCAUAUGUGGUACUGGAUGGAGGGAUUGACCCAAGUGACAAGAAGUUUCCCACUCUGCGUCAGCGUCUGCAGUCCAAGAUAAAGGAGGCAGACAGUCUCUCCCAUGGCCGCAAUGGCUCUGUUCUCCCCAUCCUCACAAGAGAUGUUUUCAUCCAGGUCCUCAUCCAGAGCGGUGUCCCACUGGUCCAGUGUCCAGCUGAGGCUGAUUGGGAAAUUGCAUGUUUGGCUCGCCAGUGGAACUGCCCAGUUCUGACCAAUGACAGUGAUUUUUACAUCUUUGAUCUGCCAGGUGGUUACCUGCCUCUCAGUUCCUUCCAGUGGACCAACCUUAACGGUAAAGCCUCUCACCGCUACAUCUCGGCCCGUUGCUACACCACUAACGGGCUGUGUCGCCGGUUUGGCGGCAUGAACAAGGAUUUGCUUCCCUUAUUUGCCGUCCUUGCUGGUAAUGAUUACGCCAUGCCAAAAGAUGCUGAAAAAAUCCUAGAUCUGAUCAGUGUGAGUGGAUUAGGGAGAGGUGGUGGCAAAGGUAGAGCACCUGUUUCCCGCAUUGAGGGUUACCUCCACUGGCUGUCCUCUUUUUCAAAUUCAGCAGCUGCACUGGAGGAAGUCAGCAUUCUUAUGGGGGAGGGAGGUGGAGGCGUACGGGGCAAGAGAGGACAGAAGGGGGGGCUCAGUUCACAGCUGUGGGCGGGUAUGCAGGAGUACCACAUCACCACUCAAAGCUCUCUGGCUCACUGGUUCUCUGAAGGUAAGGCAGCUCCUGGAGGGUGGACCUCUCUGCUGCCAGAGUGCCUGUCGCUGGCUGCAGCUCAGGGACUAUUGGCUCCCUUGGUGGUAGAUGCCCUGGUGAUGCGAAGGGUCCUGCUCAUCCCGCAGGUGGAAAACAGCAGGCUAGCCAGCAGCCAUUGCAGUGCCAGUGCCAUACGCCAGGCUAUAUAUGGUAUAUUACUGCAGAAAGGCCAAGAUGUCCAGGCACAGGAUAUGAGGGUGCAUGAAAACAUCAGCCAGGGUAUGAGAGGUGGGAGAGGCCGAGGGGGAAGGGGGCGAGGAGGGGGUCAGGUUGUUGGAGGUAGGGGUCAGGUAAUUAUUUCACCCACACAGCUGGGUGUUGAUUCAGGAUUUGGCAUUGAACAAGCAGCUGGUGCAGCUCUAGUAUCAGCCCAGGGCUAUAGUGCUCCCGUGUGUGUGGAGGAGUACGACCGCAUGGAUCUGCACCUGAAGAAAAACCAGUUAGAAGCACAUCCGCUCAGAACCCCCGUACUUCUAGCCACACUCGGCCAGGCUCCUGUGAAAGUUCGUCUCGGUGUCCUGUUAGAAGUCUUGGGACUGAAGGAGUCUGCCCUGGCUCCUGUUCCUCUCCACCUAAGCCUGGUCGUAGCAGUGACAGCCUUCUGGCUCCGAGAGGCCAAACCAACACCCUCACAGCUCCAGCUCCAGGCUCUGGUGCUUGGCAUAGUUUACGGAGAGCUGUCCCGGAGCAACCAGCCUGGAGCUGCCCACCACCAACAUACAGUCCCACAGCUUAACUGGGCUGCAGAGCGCAACGUGUGGGCAUGGCUGGAUCGACAACGCGUGAGGCCAGGGGAGAGGCGGGGCUUGGAUAUCGGAGCGGCUCACAGUUUCAGCCAAUGGCAGGCCUGCCUCUGGAGUGCACUGUGUCUUAAUCAGCUAUUGCUGCAGCCACUGCCUGAACCCCACCUGUCAUGGUUGUACAGUGGUACGUUGGUGCACGGUCUCCUCAAGUAUCUGAGAGGAGGCCAGGCGGCUGAAUCUCUCCUCGUUGGGGGUUCCUUUUCCGGACUGCUCUACUUAUCCUUGCUGGACACUGUGAGGAGCUGCAGCUUUAAGACCCAUCCUUCCUCUUCGGCAGCAGCGAGGGGGAAGAGAGGCGGAGGCCGGGGAAGGAGAGGAAGAGGAAGAGGGGGAGCUGGAAGAGGAGGAAGGGGAAGGGGGAGAGGGACUGAGGAGAUAAACAACAGGUUUUCUCUUCUGAUGAGCGACGAGGAGUCUGACGAUUGAUGAGGAGGCAGAG